ACUCAGUCACUGUACUCGGCGGUUAGUUAGUGAGCGAGUGCCGUCCGACGUAUUGGUUCUGUGUGUUGCGUGCCGUACGUGCAUUGCCGCCGUCCAAAAACGUAUCGUUUUCGCGUGUGCGUAAUAUACUCGACUUUUUCGAUAUACGCACGUAUCAUAAUAUUAUCAUCGCCACCGCGUAUUAACCUUUUUUUACGAUAUUAUUGCAAUCGAGAAUAUUUAUUUAUUUUUGCACAUGAAAUAUUAUAUAUUAUAUUUUUCAUUAUUUUUGCAAUAUAUUAUAAAUUUAUAAUAUAUAAAUCUAGGUAUAUAAAUCGUUACCGUAUAUUAUAGAGCACACGCUUGUACCACUGUAGUAAUAUUGUACCGCACGCUCGUCGCCGUUUCGCGUCGUCCCGUCGUAACCUUUCGCCGUCAUUCGCACGUCCCGGACGGAUUCGCCGCAGUACCAUAUUAAUAUUAUUAUUAUGCAGUUGGCGCCGCCGUGCGCACGAUAACACCGACAGAUAACGGCGGAAACCCGUCUGGUAUAUAGUGUCGUCCGGUCGUAGGGUAGCGAUUUACGCAACGGUGCAAUAAAUAGUAGCAUUGAUUAUAAAUAGUAUUUAUAAUCAAUGAUAGUAGUAAUAUUUACAGUAAUAUAAUAACUACCGACGGCGAUCAUCGCUGUCGCUGGACGACGCGGGAAAAGGACGAUACGCGUGAGGAUUGUCGGACGAUGACCACCACCGCUGACAACACCGACGAAGACGAUUGCCGACUGGCGCACCACCACCGGCAGUGACUCGUCUCCUGGACGGUAUACCACCAGCGCAUAUAGCGAUAUCGCUUACGACAGACCGUGUACAUCACUAUCAUCGUCAUCAUCGUUAUCGGUAAAAACCGCACGCGGUUCAGAUGUCGGCUGGCGCCACCGGUUCGUAGGCGAUGUCAAACGACACGUGAUCGACAGUCGCAAUCGACCGCGACAACCACAGUCAUUGUCAACGACGGCAUAAUAAAUGUCUUCGUCGUCGCCCAUAUCGUCUUCGUCGCCAUCGCCGUCGCCGUACUACCACCAUCAACAGCAGCAACAGCAACAGCAACAUCAACAGCAACAGCAACAACAGCAAUAUAACAAUCACCAUCAGCAGCAGCUCCAACACCACCUGCAGCAACAACACCUGCACGCGGGAGGCUCGUCGGCGGCAGCCAACGCGGCCGUCAACAGCAUUCUGCUAUCGCCGUCGGCAGGUGCCGGCGUGACGUCCGUCGGACUGUCGCCAUCGCAGGGCGUCGGCGGCGGCGUCGUUGGAGACAUGCAGCAGCAGCAGCAGCAGCAACAGGCCUCGACGGUAGCGAGUGCGGUAGCGGCCACGACCACUUCGCUGUUGCAACAGUGCUGUUCGCCGCCACCAUCGUCGGGAUCGUCGUCCAGCGUUGUGUUGAGAAAAGCUCAAAUCGAGAUCAUACCGUGCAAGGUGUGCGGCGACAAGUCCAGCGGCGUCCACUACGGCGUGAUCACGUGCGAGGGCUGCAAAGGAUUCUUCCGGCGGUCGCAGUCGUCAGUGGUCAACUAUCAGUGCCCGCGCAACAAGAAUUGCGUGGUGGACCGCGUAAAUAGAAACCGGUGCCAGUACUGCCGGCUCCAGAAAUGCCUUCGGCUGGGCAUGUCCCGUGACGCGGUCAAGUUCGGGCGCAUGAGCAAGAAGCAGCGAGAAAAGGUCGAAGACGAAGUGCGCUUCCACAGGGCGCAGAUGCGUUCGACAGCAGCUGCCGCAGCUGCGGCCGCUGCUGCAGCGGUGGCCGCGCAGGCCACAGCCAUCGACUGCUGUUCGACUACGACCGGCGUUGGCAGCGGUGGUGGUACCGCGGCCGUAGCCGCUGACUCGUCAGUGUUCGAUCACGACCAGCACGGGCAGCAGCACGGGCACGGGCAACAGCAACAGCAGCAGAUGCCCUCUAGCACCGCCGACCAUGGGUUGCGCUUACACCAACUACACAGUGGGGGAGGACAUCUCUCGCAACACCACCAUCAGCAGCAGCAGCAACAGCAGCAGCAACAACAACAGCAACAGCAGCAGCUACAGCAACAGCAACAGCAACAACAGCACCAGCAACACCAGCUCCACGGCCAGCAGCAACAAUUUAACAUAAACAGCAAUGUGCAGCAGGCUUACGCCGCGGCCGCAGCUGCAGCCGCCGCAGCAGCAGCAGCCGCCGCGGCCGGCGGUGGCGUUAAUGGAGCCAACGGUGGCACAGGAGUCGGAUAUGGAGGUGGCGGAUACAACAGCACCGGUGGAACGAACGCGGCCGCAGCAGCCGCGUCGCUUGUAGUGGACACGUUUGCGGCAUACGCGGCAGCGGCCACCUCGUCAGCGGUGCAAGCCGGCGCGAGCGGUUCCGUGCCGCCCCCUUACGACACGGCGGCAACGAGCAGCAACUACGUAGCGGACAGCACGACACCGGCAGCGUCAAGCACGACGCCGUCGACGGCCGCGGCCACGUCCACGUACGGCGGCGACAUGGAAGUGUCGUCGGUGGCGGCCGUUGCGUCUGGAGCACAGGACAACUUGAUGGCCGGCGUUUCCGGUUCUACGGCCGCUGUUUCUUCGGCAGACGCCGUACAGAUCAGUGAGCUGUUGAGCAAGACCAUCGCAGACGCGCACGCUCGCACGUGUUUCUACACGCUCGACCAGAUACACGAUGGCAUGUACCGAACGGCCACCAUGGCGGCGGCCAACAAGACGACUGCCGACAAAUUGAUAAUGUACAAGACCAUGCCUCACGAGGAGCUGUGGUUGGAGUGUGCGCAAAAGUUGACGUCAGUCAUUCAGCAGAUUAUUGAGUUUGCGAAAAUGGUGCCCGGCUUCAUGAAACUAUCGCAAGACGACCAGAUCGUGCUACUCAAAGCGGGAAGUUUCGAGUUGGCAGUGUUAAGGAUGUCCCGACAUUAUGACCUACACCGAGACUGCGUCUACUACGCAGAUGCCCUGUUGCCAGCCGACGCGUUUUACACGCAAGACACAGUCGAAAAGAAACUGGUCUCGUUGGCUUUCGAAGUGAGCCGUUCCGUGGCUUCGUUGAAACUUACUGAAACCGAGCUGGCCCUGUACUCGGCCGUCGUGUUGCUGUCGCCAGACCGGCAAGGCUUGAAAGGCACCGUGGAGAUCGGUCGCCUUAGACAGGCCAUUCUGCGUGCUCUGCGCAUGGAGCUCGACCAUAGGACCGCGGGUGGCAAAAAUGCCACCACCGUCGAUCUGCAACAUCAGCAGCAGCAUCAUCAACAGCAGCAACAGCAGCAGAAUCAAGUGUGCGAUGCUCUCAUACAAAAGAUCCCGAUACUCAGGCAACUGGGAAUGCUGCACAUGGAAGCGUUGGCCAAGUUGCGACGUACGGUGCCGCACUUGGAGUUCCCUGCCCUACACAAGGAACUGUUCUCGGUCGACGGCAGUUGAUCUGAGGAGGAGGGCUGCGACGACGACGACGACGAUAACGACGGCGGCGGCGGCAGUGGUGGCGGAAGCGGUGGUUGCGGCGGUGGCGGUGACGACUCGGCGAAGGACUCAUCUACGAUCGUCAUCGCGUCGGUGAUCUCUUUGGCUGGCGAACUGGAAUAAGAGCUGCAGCAGCAGUAAUGAGCAAAGUCGUCGCAGACGGGCUGUGUACCAUAUUAUACUAUAUUAUAUUAUUAGUAUAUUAUAUUUUAAUAUAAAAAGAAAACUUAAAAUGAAAAAAAAUAAUUUUUUUUUAAAUUGCAAAAUCUCGCGAGAUCACACACCGCCGUCGCAUAUUUAAUAUAUUCUAUUAUAUAUUAUAUAUAGUGUUGUUUUGUUACAAGGUAGUGUCUCAUAUUAUAUAUCGCGUGUUUACGAAAUAGAAUAUUGAUAUUAUUAUUAUUAUUAUUAUUAUUACUAUUAUUACUAUUGUUGUUGUUAUAUAGUAUUUUUAUAUAUAUAUAUACGGGACAUAAAUCCCCUGCAGGUACGUAAUGGAUAGGUAUAACAAUCAUGUACAAUUAUGUUUGUGUGAAUAUUUUCCCUGUCUGAAAUGUUUAAGAGCGUCGCUUGUAAAAAACGGUUUCCAUCGCGGAAGGAGAUGUGUGUGUGUGUUGAAGAAGAGAGCUUAUUCUCGUUGUAGUCGUCUUGCGUCUAUGUUUGGCGCGCGUGUGUGUGUGUGUGUGUGUGCGUGUGUGUGUGUGACCGAGUGAGUGGACGAAAGAUUUCGUUGUUGUUGUCUCUGUUAAUCUUCGGAUCGAGCGUUGUUUGUUUAGGUACGUACGUUAAUCGUAGUCGACGACGAUCGUACACGUACUGCACACGUCGCGUUCACACGUUAUAUAAUAAUAUAAAUCAAUAAAAUGAAGUAUAGUACAUACAAUAAAUUAUAUUAUAUUACAGCGCGUAAUUGUAACGUCUACCGUCGGCGUGUAUCGCGGCACAUAUUGUUUUUUGUACUAUUUAUCGUUAUAUUAGGGAAAAGAAAAAAUUUAUGAAAGAAUUUCAUUUUUAAUCAGCGUACUUAGGUACCACGCGUGUUACACUUUUUUCGUCGUCGUCGUCGUCGUCGUAGUUGUAAAUAAUAGUAUUUAGUGUGUGUUCUAUGUGCGCCGCUAUAAUGACAUAUUAUAUAUUGUAUAAAAUUAUUAUGAUUAGAAUACGUAUAUUAUUAAUUAUAAUAAUAAUAAUAUAUAUUGCUAUCGUGUUAAAGAAAUGGGUGGGGGGGGGGGAAUAGUGCCGGCGGCCGAGGAGGGUUUUAUUCAUCAUUAUUGUUUAUAUUUUUUGUUCUAUCGAAAACUCGUUAAUAUUUUCUAUGUAUAAAUUGUACGAAAAACUGAGGAAAAUAAAUCUAAUUAAUAUAAACUCACUCUACACACUCGACGUCACGUCAUAUUAUUGUAUUGAACACACACACACACACACUUGUAUAGCUGUCGCUAUCGUACCUAUGUAUAAUAAUAUGAUAUCGAAUAAAUUUCACGCGCGAUAUAAUAAAUAUUAUUGUAUCAUAUUUUUUACACGUGUUUAGGUACGAUAUUUUAUAGAUAUUAUACUGACUAUUAUUACGUGUAAAAUAUUAUAACUUUGUGUAGAUAGAUAAAUAUACAUAGAUAGGCAUAUAUAUUAUUAUAAAAUGUGGCCGCCGCCACUUCGCGUUUAAAUAUAAGUAAUAAUAAUUAUUAUUAUUAUUAUUAUUUUUAUUAUUAUUAUAUUAUGUGUUACGUGUUUUUGUGUUUUGUAUAAAUUAUAAUGUAUAAGAGUCGUCGUCGUCAUCUACUACAAUACUCUUAUAUUAUUUUUUUCUCUAAGCGACUUAACAUAUUAUUAUGUAUAUAAUAUAUACGAUAACUUAAGCUAUAUAUACAUUGAAUAUCAUGUGUUUAAAAUAGUGGUGACACAGCAAAAAGUUGUAGCACAUAUUAUUAUAAUAUAUUAUGUAUGUAUUUUAUUCGUAAGUCGUUCGACGACGACGAUUAUGGCACCGGCUGCGUAUUUUUAUUUAUGUAUACGUGUAAUAUAUGAAUAUAUCAUAUAAAAUAUUAUAAUACGCGGAUAGUUUUAAUUUGUUUUCGUUAAUAUUAUUAUUAUAAAAAUGAAUAGGAAAUUUAACGUGAUGUGGGGUAAUUAUAUUGUGAAAUUAAUCGAUAAGAAGACGGAGUGAAAAUGUGUAAAAUACGAUUUUUAAUAUUUAAAGAGUAUAAUAUUAUAUAACAUAUAUAAUUAAAUUGGUAUAUAUAUACAUAGUAUAUAUUACGAUAGUUUUUUACGAUAAAAAAACGAUAUAUUGUUUUUUUUAUAAUUAUUAUUAUUAUUUUUUGCGCCCGCCCGCAAUUUUAUGAAUUUUAUUAAACUUUGUCAUUUUAUUAUUAGAUAAGAAUAUUAUAUAUUAUAUAAUUAUAUGAAAAACAAACAAAAUAUUUUUAUGUUGUAUACCGCAACAGUCAAGUAAAACACGCGCACAUAAUAAUAUAUCAUUUUAUUGUAUAUUUUUUAAAUUACGUUUAUCGUUUGUUCUCGUAUCUUAUGUAAUAGCAACUGAUAUAAAUUUAUAUAUAUAUAUAUAUAAAUAUUAUCAUUGGUCUUAGAUAGUAAUUAUCAUCAUCUAUAAUCAAUGAUAUUAUGUUUGUCACCUCAUCCUCGUCCUCUUCCGAAACGCGUAUAUUAUAAUAUAGGUACCUAUAUAUUAUAAUUAUAUAGGUACACUCGUUGUGUUUCAGUUAUAUUUUUUUUUUAUUUCUUUUCGUUUUCCACUACUACUAGAAAAGGUGCUCCGUGUUAUUAUUAUUAUUAUUAUUGUUAUUAAUUAAUUAAUUAUUAUCGCUUAUUAUUAUUAUUAUUAUUAUUAUUAUUAUUAUUAUUAUUAUUAUUAUUGUUUAACGAGAGAUAAUAUUAUAAAACAACAAAAAUAUAUAAAUAUAUGUAUAUAUAUAUAUAUUUAUAUAGAUAUAUAUACGCAUGUAGAUUA